GCCGGAAACGGUUUGAGUAUCGUUACCGGAGUGCAGCCGACAUGAACACACGUGGAUAAUGAAGCUUAGCAAAACAGGACUUUAAAAACACCUUAAUGCACAGAGAUGGAGACGAAGAGGAAAGAGACGCAGCAGCGAGCGCUCGCCGUUUCUCAGAAGAAGAAGAAGACAAUGAUGGCGGCGAGCAGCAGUAACGAUGAAGACUCUGACGUGGAGAGGAACUACGCUCUGCUCACUGAGAGAGGAAGAGGAGGAGCCCAGGAGGAAGAGCGGGACCAUGGAGGAGAGGAGGAGGAAGAGUUCACUGACGACAAUGAUGAUGAUGAUGGUGAGGAGGACGAUGAAGAGGAGGACGGACACAGUGAAGCCUCUGAGGAGGAGGAUGAUGAUGAUGAUGAGGAUGAGGAUGAUGAGGAUGAGGAGGAUGAUGAGGAUGAGGAUGAGGAUGAUGAAGGUCCAGAGGAUGCAGGCGGAAGCAGUGAGAUCCGGACCAGAGACGACAUUAAAAAAGAGCUGUCCAACAUGUCCUUUGAGGACAUCAUGAAGCUGCAGAGCAAAGUGGGAACCAAAGUUUACAACGAGGUGGCGUACGGCGGCGGCGGCAUCGGCAGCAGCGGCAGCGGUGGAGGUGGCGGCAGCGGCGGCAGCGGCGGGAGUGGAGGGAAAAAGAAACGCCUCAACAAAAACAG